CACAAAGAUCGCUGGUCUUAUUCACCAUGUCCAUGUGUCCUCUCCGGACUCAUAUCUGUGUGUUAUGAUUUAAAAGAGUCUCUGGGGUGAAAACUGGAAAUAUAUUUCUCUGGAUGAGUUUGAGGAAGAGGAGAUCUACUGUAUGAAAAGGAGGAGCCGCUUACAUAGAAACACCCAUUCACACCGCAGACAAGCAACCGACAUUUAUUAACUUAAUAAAGAUGGGACUCUUUAUUCAAAACAACAUACACACAUCAAGGUGCUAGAUGGUGGUUGUAAAGGCUCUACGUAAUGCUGAACAGACUUGUCCUGGGUCAGAAUGAGUAUCAAAGAUGGCGAUGGGAUGACUAGCCAAGAUGGAAAGGCCUACGAACUUCAGAUAUACCCCCGACUCUCUCUGGAGACGGCAUCAUGUUGCAUACUCAAAGUCACCAAGGAGGCCACAGCCGCGAGCGUCAUUCAGGAUGCGGCAGCAAACCUCGGUCUGGACACCUGCAAAUGCUACGUCCUGGCCGAGGUGAAAGAGUGCGGCGGGGAGGAAUGGGUCCUGGAAUCUACUGACCUUCCAGUGCACCGGGUUCUUCUUUGGCCACGUAAAGCCCAGGAACAGCAUUCUCGGAAAGAAGGAUUUUACUUUCUCUUGCAGGAACGCAAUCGUGAUGGUUCCAUCCGUUAUGUGCACCUGCCUGCUGUGGCAAACGAACAGGAUUCCAAGCAACUGGUUGCUCGCGGUUUCCUCCCUCCACAGCAGGAGGACUUUGAAGACCUCUGCAAUCUUCCAGACCUCAACGAGGACAGCAUCUUGGCGAACCUUCGCAAUCGCUUUCAAAAGAAGAAGAUAUACACAUAUGCUGGAAGUAUUCUUGUUGCCAUCAACCCGUUUAAAUUUUUACCCAUUUAUAACCCGAAAUACGUCAAAAUGUAUGAGAACCACCAGUUGGGCAAGCUGGAGCCCCACAUUUUUGCCAUUGCUGAUGUAGCUUACUAUGCCAUGCUGCGUAAACAUAUCAACCAGUGUAUUGUUAUCUCAGGAGAAAGUGGAUCGGGCAAAACGCAAAGCACUAACUUCCUUAUUCACUGCUUGACGGCUCUGAGCCAAAAGGGCUACGCCAGCGGCGUGGAAAGAACCAUCUUAGGUGCUGGACCAGUUCUGGAGGCAUUUGGCAACGCAAAGACCGCCCACAACAACAACUCCAGCCGUUUCGGAAAGUUCAUCCAGGUGAAUUAUCUGGACAGUGGAGUCGUACGAGGAGCUGUGGUGGAGAAAUAUCUCUUGGAGAAGUCUCGCUUGGUAGCCAGAGAGAAGAACGAGAGGAACUAUCAUGUGUUUUAUUACCUGCUGGUGGGCGUGUCAGAAGAGGAGCGGAGAGAAUUCAAACUCCUGCAGCCUGAACAAUACUUCUACCUCAAGCAGCAAAACUUUACAAUAGAAGAUGCGGACGACUUACGGCACGACUUUGAGCGACUGCAGCAGGCCAUGGAGAUGGUCGGCUUCCUACCAGCCACCAAGAGACAGAUAUUCUCUGUCCUGUCAGCCAUCUUGUAUCUGGGUAACGUGACAUACAGUCAGAAGUCAACAGGCAGAGAAGAAGGUCUGGACGUGGGACCUCCAGAGGUUCUUUCCACCCUUUCAGACCUUCUAAAGGUUAAAGAGGAGAUGUUGGUGGAAGCUCUCACCAAGAGGAAAACGGUGACCGUCAACGACAAACUCAUUCUACCCUACAGUCACAGUGAGGCGAUCACGGCACGAGACUCCAUGGCGAAGUCGCUCUACAGUGCCCUGUUCGACUGGAUCGUCCUGCGAAUCAAUCACGCAUUGCUUAAUAAGAAAGACAUGGAGGAGUCUGUUUCGUGUUUGUCUAUUGGUGUGCUUGAUAUCUUCGGCUUCGAAGACUUCGAAACCAACAGCUUUGAGCAGUUCUGCAUCAACUAUGCUAACGAGCAGCUUCAGUAUUACUUUAACCAGCACAUCUUUAAACUUGAACAGGAGGAGUAUCAGCUAGAAGGCAUCACCUGGCACAACAUCGACUACACCGAUAAUGUCGGGUGUAUUCACCUGGUCAGCAAGAAACCCACUGGACUCCUCUAUUUACUUGAUGAGGAGAGCAAUUUUCCUCACGCCACUGAUAAAACCUUGCUGGCGAAGUUCAAACAGCAACAUCAACAGAACUCUUACUUUGUGGCUACUCCAGUGAUGGAACCAGCCUUCGUUAUCCGCCACUUCGCUGGGAAGGUCAAGUACCAGAUUAAGGACUUCCGUGAGAAGAACACGGAUCACAUGCGGCCGGAUAUCGUGGCCUUAUUGCGCAGCAGUGACCGAGCAUACAUCCGGCAGUUGAUCGGAAUGGAUCCUGUGGCGAUGUUUCGUUGGGGAAUUCUUCGUGCCUCCAUCCGCGCCCUGGCCGCCUUCAACGAAGCCGGACGCCGCUGGGCAGCCAAGACUGCGGGUGUGGUGAGACCAAAUUCCAGAGUACCACUCGGGGAGCUGCAGAGAGCAAAUGUGCCCAUUGAGAGGAUGUACCGCCAUGCUCCUAUUCUUGAUUUCUCCUUUGAUCACUCAGAGGAGCGCCCUCUAGAGGCUUUUGAGGACAUCUUUGCUAGUUAUGAGAGUAAGAAGGACAUGCAUGCCCAAAUCAUCAACUCCAUUAAGGACUUGCAGCUGGAUGGGGAAGAUCCACGCAAGCUGCUGCAGUCCUGGGGUCGCCUGCGGUUCCCGCGCCAUGCCCUCCAGAAAAACAAGAGCCCCAAGAACAAGCAGCUCAUUCCCAAGAACUUGUUGGACUCUUGUUCGCUAAAGUUCGUAGUAGGCCUCCUUGACCGCACGACCAAGUCUCUGCUGCAUCUACACAAGAAGAAACGUCCUCCCAGCAUCAGUGCCCAGUUUCAAACGUCUCUAAGUAAACUGCUGGAGACACUGGGGAAGGCUGAACCGUUCUUCAUCCGAUGCCUCCGCUCUAAUGCCGAGAAGAAGGAAAUGUGUUUCGAUGAGGCACUCAUUGUGCAGCAGCUGCAGUACACAGGCAUGUUGGAAACGGUGCGCAUCAGGAGGUCAGGCUAUGGAGCCAAAUACACGUUUCAGGAAUUUAUUGAGCAGUUCCGUGUGUUGCUGCCAAAGAAUGCUACAUCCCUGGAGGACAUUUCAUCUCUGUUGCACAAGCUCGGCUUUGACAACACUACCUACCAGAUUGGAAAAACCAAGGUGUAUCUGAAAGAACUUGAAAGGCAAAAGCUUCAAGACAUCCUGCACAAAGAUGUCAUGCACAAAAUCAUUUUCUUGCAACGCUGGUUUCGAGCUAAAAUGGAGAGGUGGGAUUUCAUUAGAAUGAGAGAGGCAGCCAUCUUGAUCCAGCGCUCGUGGCACAGGUACCGCAGGGAGAAGUUGUACCAAGCGGCAGUUCUUAUCCAGGCAGCAUGGAGAGGUUCCAAACAGAGAGCUGAAUAUAGAAAUGCACAAGCCUCCGUCACAAAGAUACAGGCACUUGCAAGAGGCCAAUCAGCUCGUAAACGGUACCACUUCCUGAAGGAAGAUAAGAGGAAGAGGGAGGAAGAGGAAGCUCGACAGAGGAAAGAGGAGGAAGAGGCAGCAAUGCGCGCCAAGGAAGCUGAAGAGGAAGCAAGGCGAGCGAAAGAAGCCAAAGAGGAAGCCAGACGACUCAAAGAGGAAGAGGAAACAGCUAGAAGACAGAGAGAAGAGGCUGAGCGGCAAGCUGCAGAGAAGCGAGAAAAGAUGGCACUACAACAACCAACAGUACUGGACAAGAAGCCUGAAAAUGGGACUUUAGUGCUAGAGCACCAAGAUAAGACUCCUGUGGACGUUGAAGUUGAAGAUAAGGGCAGAGCCCAUGUCCAGGUCUCAAAAGAGCAAAAAGAUUUGGAAAAGAUUCCUCAAGUUGAGGUUGGCCCUCAUCCUGAGAUAAAGGAACACCAGAAGCAAUAUGAGAACGAAUCUUCUCCACAACCCAAAGAGGACGUUACACAAGCUAAACAAGCUGGACAGAACCAAACCAGACCACCUUCACUCUCCAAACUUCAAACAUCCAGUCAAGAAAAACGCGAGCUAAGGCGGCAGCGUGGCCUAGAGCACAGCCAACGAGAGAGCCAACGGGCGGCUUCGGUGGCAAAAGAUGAUACUUCCUUCAAGAGCAAAACUCUUGAGAGUCCCGGUAAAGCAGAGGGCAAGUUGAAGGUGCGGGCCGACAGCAAAGAGUUGGAUCAAUACACGUUUGUCGCUUGGAAAGGGGAGAAGGUGAAGAGGGACACCAGAGAUGUCCCACCAGAACAUGUUCGGCCCUCAACCUUACCCUUGGAUAUACCACCUUCUGGACCUGGAAGAAAUGGCCACAGUGACACAGCCAUCAUUGACCAAAGCAAACCUUCUCAUGCCAAUGAAGAGGCCAAUAGGAGGAAAGAACCUUCUAGAAGCAACACUCAGCCUGAGAACCUUAUAGCAGGACCACACAGUCUAGAGUACAAAGGCAUCAAAUCUCUCCAGAAUCGAGGAAUCUCUAUGUCACUAGAUGAUGUGUCCAGAAUAGGUGCAGCAUCACAGACACAGUCCCGUAACGAGGUCAGUCCUGAUGGAGCAAAGGUCAGCAGCCUGAAGGAGAGCAGCCACGGACAGCACGAUGUAUUGCCAGUCCAACCAUCGACCCCAGAGAGGACAACAGGGUUCUUCAGAAAGAUCCUUAAGAAGCGGCCACAUAAAGAAGCUCAAACCCCAGAAGAUGGAGACUUCAUGCUGGCUUCAGUUUUGGAUGAAAGAGAAGCCGUCUCUCAAUCAUGCUCGCAUCAUCCUAAGCCUCAUGCUGUCCGGCUGGGUCAGACACCCAGCAUCAUGAUCAGUCACUCAGCGCCUCGCGCCUCCGAACAGUGGAACGCCUCAUUGAACCGCAUCAUCACCAAUGCCAAUGAGCUACGCCACCUCGAUGAGUUCCUGGGCAAUCAGGUAAAUGACCUGCGCUCACGUGGAAAGCAGCUGUCAGGAACGGAGCACAUCUUCAUCACUGCGACCAUGCAGUUCAGAGAAAUCAUCAAGGGAAUGUAUUCAAUCUCUAAACCUCAGACUGGUUAUAAGGCAUUGAUGAACUGUUAUCAGAAAAAAGUGAUAAUUUUGGCUGGAGAGAAGCAGAAGGGCGAAGUGCCGCUGGUGGUCAAUCUGUUCCAGUCCGUUCUAGAUGGAUUCAUCAGAGCAGAGAUCAAGAAAGAAGAGGCCGAACCAACCAAGCCCCCCAAAAGUCGAAAGAUGAGACGGAAGAAGGAUAAGAGCUUGGAGAAUCCAUUGGAUCACGUGUUUACACACUACCAAGUGAACAUCAUGCAGUCGUGCGAUCAGUGCACGUCCUAUAUUUGGGGCAUGGAGAAGGCCUACAUGUGCAGCUAUUGCAAAAUGGUUUGUCAUAAGAAGUGCAUCUGUAAAAUCGUAAUAGGCUGUUCAAAUUUCUGCACCAAGAAGAGUGAAGAUGACCCUGGAUCACAACACUUCGGAGUGCGAGUGUGUCACCUGGUCAGCGACAGGACCCCCGUGCCAUUAGUGCUGGAGAUAAUGCUGGAACACGUGGAGAUGAAUGGCCUUUACACGGAGGGCAUUUACAGGAAGUCCGGCUCAGCAAACCGCAUGAAGGAGCUACAUCAGCUACUGGAAGCAGGCCCAGAGAAUGUGUGUUUGGAGGAUUACCCCAUCCAUGCGGUCACAGGCCUGGUCAAACAGUGGCUCAGGGAGCUUCCUGAACCUCUCAUGACCUUCAUGCACUACAAUGACUUCCUCCAUGCCAUAGAACUGCCUGAGAAACAAGAGCAAUUACACGCCAUUUACAAAGUUUUAGAGCAGCUUCCAAUGGCAAACUUUAACACCUUGGAGAGACUUGUUUUCCAUCUUGUAAGGGUUGCAAAGGAGGAGAAGAGCAAUCGAAUGACGCCAAACUCUCUGGCCAUCGUUUUUGCCCCCUGUAUCCUCCGCUGUCCAGACAGUGCCGACCCCCUCAUGAGCAUGAAGGAUGUUGCCAAAACAACCACUUGUGUGGAGAUGCUACUUAACGAACAGAUCCGGAGAUACAACGAGAAAAUAGAAGAGAUCGAACAGCUGGAAUAUGCGGAGGCACUGGCAGUCAAUCAACUUAAGCUUAAAAGACAAAACACGUGCUGGCAUUUACCUCUCAGGUUUAUCUCUCCUUACAAAGAAGUGUCGGUCCACGAGAAGCCAUCUUCCGACCUUUGUGCCGUACCUGAGAACGAAACCCUUGAUUCGGACACUGAAGCCGAGCGAAGCCUGGUGGAGCGGAUCAAAUCCAUCAAGCAGGAAAAAGAAGAUCUGGCCUGCAGGCUGCCUGAACUAGAACAGCCCGGUUCCGACCAGGAGAACCUUGACUCGGAAGCGUCAAUCAGCUCUGAAAGCCUGUUGGAUGAACGAGUGGUCUGUUCGGACACGGAAGGAAAAACAAUGGUUGUGUCAAGAUUAUACAAUCAAGCUUGCCUUCCUAAAUAUGUCAUCCUGGCCCAGGGAGGCAGAACAAGGGCUGAUGGCCCCUCUCUCCCUUCACUGUCUUCUCCCAGGCUUCAGCUCCUGCGUCGCCACCCCAUCAUCCCUGGAACGGUCAAACUGCCACCAGGCGUCCUCUGCCACCCGGCUGUACAGUCCCUCCCUCCCCGCAAAGCCAAGUCCCUCACCCUCAUCCAACGCCGCGAGCAACCAGGCCGGCGCAAAGACAGCAUCCAGUCCCUCUACAUCGCAGCGGGAACAGACCUCCUCUUCCCGUCCUCGACUGCAGUCCCAGCUGCCUCCGCCGCAUGGGACCUCCAGACCUCCGCCAACGUCUCCCGGCGCUUCUCAGACCCCGACGUUGCUUUCGUAAAAGACAAAGUUUGAGUUUCAAAGCUGCCUGCUCUUGAGAGGACGAUUUGAUUGGUUGCUGUCCUUGCCAUUGGCUGCUUGCUACGGUCAGUGACCGAUAAAGAGAAUUGUCUCACCUAGCACUUUUCCAUUCUAAUAAUAUAUUGGGUUUUUUAAGAGACCUUUUUAAGACUGUGUCCUACAGAUAGGCGUUGACAUGCAUCAUGUUUUAUGCUUGAUUUUUUUUUUAAACUUUUUUUAGUGUAAGGAAAAAACAGAACUUUGUACCUUCAGUCGCUUUCACAAACAUCAACAUAACCUGCAUCAGAGGAAAAUGCCUUGGUGCACAUUUUUGUCUACAGAUAUAUUUAUACAAGCAGGCAAUUUUAAGGCAUAAAAAUUUGGUGGACAAGUUUUUGACUACAAAGGAGAGAAAGCUGCACUUGCCACUUUCCUCUUGGACAAAAUUCCAGCCCUGACAAGGGGUGUGCCAUAACGGACUGGAAUUUCCCAGAAUAAUGCAGUCCUAUUUUUGAUUUCGCCUGAAGUUUGAUGCUUUGGCAAGCAAUAUGACACUUCAGAUCAGUGUGGAUGUCUAUUGAGAACAGAAUUGUGUAGGAUUAAAUACAAUUAGUGGCCAAGCCAUUGUGUUUAUUACUAAUGUCAAGUGUUAUGACUGUCGUAUGUGAUCAUGUUUGAAAAGUAAGAAACGAAUUGUGGCUGGAUGAGUAUGGUGUUAAUUAUUACAUUUAGCAUCACUAGGACUGUAAGUGUUUGGUAGUAUUGCUGUUUUCAAAUCCUUAAUGAUACAUUUUUCGUACUAAUUAUUUUCUUAAAAUACAGUUUGUAUUGGCCGCAAACCUGUCUGUGUGUCUGUGUGUGUGUGUGUGUGUGUGUUUUCCUAUAAUUCUUUGGGGUUUCCUUUUUGCUCGAGGUGCCACCAGCCAUCAUCCACUCAUGCUCUGCCUCUUCAUGAUCCCAAAAAUCACAGUCUAAUGAAUGAACACAGAAAUCUCCCCUAUGUUGUAGCCUUCAUAUAUAUCAUGUUUUAUUAAGAAACACUUCAAUUAGGGGGCCUGGGUAGCCCUGGAGUUCGCUAGUUUGAAUCCAGGGCAUGCUGAGUGACUCCAGCCAGGUCUCCUAAGCAACCAAAUUGGUCCAGUUGCUAGGGAGGGUAGAGUCACAUGGGGUAACCUCCUCGUGGUCGCUAUAAUGUGGUUCAUUCUUGGUGGGGCACAUGGUGAGUUGAGCGUGGAUGCCGCGGAGAAUAGCGUGAAGCCACCACACGCACUAUGUCUCCGUGGCAAUGCACUCAACAAGCCACGUGAUAAGAUGCGCGGGUUGACGGUCUCAGACGCGGAGGCAACUGAGAUUCGUCCUCCGCCACCCAGAUUGAGGCGAAUCACUACGUGACCACGAGAGCUUAAAAGCACAUUGGGAAUUGGGCAUUCCAAAUUGGGUGAAAAAGAGGAACCCCCCCCCCCUUGUAAUUUUUAAUAGACAGUUCAUUUAGGGUUUAGUGUGAAAGUGCAAUCUUUUGUGCAUGAGUUGGACCAACCAUAUUGUGGAUUUUGCAUGUUAUUGAAAUGGUUUUUGAGAAAUGAGCUGUACUUGCAUGAUUUCAAAAUAGCUGCCCGGGGGUUUUACCAAGAUGGCCAUCGUGAACUGACUGAAGGACUUCAUUGACUUGCUUCUAAAGGACUUAACUGAGGUAUCCAUUUAAGUGGUCAAUAUUAGUUUUAUGUUAUUGGCAUCGAUAUUGGAUGACAUUUAUAGGAGGGCUUAUUUUUGUAUUUAAAUUGUAUUCUCUGUUUCUUUUGAAAUCUGGAAAAGGAAAAAAGUGAUCUAUCUUUCAUACUGUACUGUACAUACAUGCUGUAAUGUUCUGAUGCCUAUAGCAUGUGAUACUGAAGAAUAGGAAAUAGUAUACAAUACAUUAAUAUCAAUCAUAAUAUUGGAUAUCAACUGUAGCAUAAUCAGUGUCGCCUAUUUCUAUAUGGGUGCAUCCCAAGCCAGAAUGGUGCCAUAUUCAGCCCUCAACUGGGGCUCUAUAGUUCUUGUACUAUAGAUUUUACUAUAGUCUCUCUUACUUCACGUGCAAUGCAGCGACUAGAAAGGCCCAUUCAAACAAAGCAAAGAAUUAAUCCAAAUACACAAAUUAGGAAAUGUAGAGUCUUUCCCAGCCUUGCUUUCGUACCUUGGCUUCUUACUUGAGCAGCUGUGUUUUUUGUGAAUGAGCUUUCUGUUAAGGCAAACACACACACAAAAACCAUUAAAGAAAAAUAAAGCACCAAAAUGUACAACUGUCAUUGUUUAGUCAUCACCGAACUCACUACUUGACAGCACCUGUCCCCUUUUACUUUUAGACAUUUUAAGUGCACUUGCACCUUUUGCAAGUCAGUGUAGCAGGGCUAAUGUGCAAAACUAUAGCAGAGUAUUGUCAAAUAUUUGACUAUUUAAAUUCAUAAGCAAAUGUAUGGAGUUGUAGGAGUUAUUACUUUUGACAACCAAUUGUACACUUUGGAAAAACGUUUGCAUCUGGGACAAAACAGAUGCACGUUCCUCCAUCAGAGCGUUGAAGAUUGGGGAGUAUAAGAGAGAAAUCGCCUUUCUUGUACACCUCAGGUAAAACUGUGGAUAUGUUCUUGUACGGAAACAUGGCCGUAGAUAAUAUGGACAUUUCUGGUGUCAUUGUGUCUCCAAUGUACUGUUAGAUGUUUACCUUCGAGUUCAAUGCUUUUAUGACUGCUUGGCAAGAUGACAGAGUCUCCAUCAACGCUUUCAGUUGAAUUGUGUAGAGAGGUUAGAAAACAAAACAACUUUGUCAACAUUAUGCUGCUGUGACGUCUUUCAAUCUCAAAAGAAAUGAAGGAAUAUAUUAUUGGAGUGAAAUGGUUUUAAUAACAUCUGGUACAGUAGUCAGUGUUCAUAUACUCCAUUAUGAACUUUGCACAACAUUUUAAAAUGUUGAAUUUUAAAUGUUUAUAAUACAAUAAUUUGUGUUAAAAUUGAGGUCGAAAGUCUUUGGAUGUUUAUUGAUUAAUCUAAUGCAACCGUUUUUAUUAUUACAGUAUAUAGUAAAAUAUUAUUCAUUGUUAGUUCAUGAUACCUAAUGCAUUAACUAAUGUUAACAAAUAGAACCUUAUUGUGAAAUGUUA